GGGGGAAAUUCUUCCUUCGAUUGCAAUAUCUAAGUCCAAUCUCAACCUUUGAGAUAGGAUUAAUUCAUUUCCUUUGCGUUACAAUGUAUGGGUGGAAAUGCCCUGCAUCGGAAACGAACCACGUCUGACCUUUACAGACUAGGUCACUUUGCCAGUCCCAUGACCCAUUAUAUCAUAACCCAAAUAAGACGGAGGGAGAAAUAACCGGACCAUGUUUCGUCUCUUUGUUUUAUACUUUAAGUGCGAUGAUGUUCUAAACGAAUGAAACUUCUCACGCUUCUCUACCAUACACUAUCAAACACAAUAUUAUUACUAUUUUCAUUUCUAUUUACCCAAGGAAUCCUUUUCCUCUAGCCGCUGACACGUGCCAGUGUUUAACAAUGCGGAUUGCACUAGAUAACCACAGAACCUUGACUCGUUUCGCACUGAAAUGCACUGCUGUACGGGAUGCGGUUGUUUGUUUUCCCAACAAAUCUUCAAAGUCAUUGCUAGUUUACGGCAGUUUGGUCCGGCGAGGCGUCAAGCGUCAUCUCAGUAGGCGUUGCAUGGAAAUCAUCCGCAUAGUCUACUGUGAUCUGCGUCGUUGCGAAAGUUGUUGUGCAAACCAGUGGUGUCCCAGAAUGCAGCCUCCACUUUCGUUGCUAUCAGUGGUGAAUCAGAUUUUUGGAACGCUCAUCGUUAAUCUCAUCGCCCUUGCCCAUGGCAUCACGCUGGGAUGGGUAUCGCCAUCGCUGGAGUAUUUGCGUUCGAACGAAACACAUCUCGUCGGAGGCCCAAUGACAGUGGAAGAAACUUCCUGGUUGGGCGCUUCCCUCUGCAUCGGUGGCAUGAUCGGGGUGACACUUUACGGAUAUCUCGCCGAUCUGAUAGGCAAACGACGAGCCAUGCAAAUCAUCGCGAUUCCUCACGUGGCAUUCUGGCUGUGUGUCAUCUUCGGAAACAGUGUCCUACAGCUCUGCAUUGGACGAGUGUUGGCUGGCAUUGCCGGUGGCGGCAUUCUGCGUAUCGUACCUCUCUUUGUGGCUGACAUUGCCGAUGCACGCAUACGGGGCAUGCUCGGUUCGCUGCUGCCCGUGUGCCUUAAUCUCGGCACCGUGCUAGCAUUCAUCCUUGGUAGCUUUGUGUCGUUUAGAACGCUUCCUCUGAUCGUGCUCGUGCUACCAGCACUCUUCACCCUCGCCAUCGCCUUUCUACCAGAAACACCACCCUGCUUAUUGCGUGCAUAUCGAAGUGAAAAGGCCGAACAGUCGCUCAUGUUUUACCGGGGCGUUCGAGGACAUUUUGCAAAGUCGGAAUGUUUCCGGCACGAGUUCCAGCAGCUGAAGGAUGGGAUCGAGCUCGAAACGACGGCUUCGGACGCUGCUCUGUCGUGGAAAGAUUUCACCACGAAACCAGCCCGCCAGGGUUUACUGAUGGGGAUGUUUCUAAUGCUGCUCAAUCAGUCCAGUGGCUCGAUGGCUCUCAUCACCUACGCCAGCAGUAUCUUCGAGCUGUCUAAUCCACCGUCGGCCACCACUGUCGGUGUCCUUCCCGCAUCCAUUUCCUCGAUCGUGCUGGCCACGAUACAACUCCUCGGAACUAUCAUCUCACUGGCGCUGGUCGAUCGAGUUGGACGCAAGCUUCUGUUGAUCGUGUCCUGUCUUGGUAUGACCAUCGGAUACCUCACCCUAGCCGGCUAUGUGCACUUCCUACUCCCAACCGGCUCCUCCCCGUCAGACAACGCAGUUUUUGACGCGGUUCCCAGCAUUACCAGCCGAUUGUUGCCCAUCUGUAGCCUUUCGUUCAGUAUCCUGCUAGCUUCAAUCGGACUGCUGACCGUCCCGUUCAUCGUCAUGGCCGAGGUUUUGCCGUCGAAGAUAAGAAAUAUUGGCAGCACAAUCUGCACGACGAUCGUUGCUUUGUCCGCGUUCGCGGUGCUGAAGGUAUUUCCUGUCCUACUCGAUACGAUUGGACUGGCGGGUACGAUGGCAGGUGUUGCGGUGGUGUGUUUAGUCGGUGCAACGGUGGUCAUACUGUUUCUACCCGAAACGCACGGCAAGUCACUGGUGCCGAUAGCCGCAGAAGUGGAGCAAAACUCGGAAAGAAAUAGAACGGAGGGAGUCUAAACGCACAGCGCGAGGCACUCCAUUAUUUUGAAUACUGUUUGUACUUUUGGCACAUAUCCAAAUGAAACCGUAGGCACACAAACGAUAACACUAAACUUAACCGAAACCGAAAGUACAAAUAAUAACAAACAAGUUUGAA